AAUGACACACCUUCCCAGUCAUGCACGGUUUGUUUUGUUUUGAUUGAUUAAAAAUAAUACCGGUGUUUUUGUGAUUACAACGACUAUGAGCAUAAAGAUAUAUUUACCGUACAGCUACUUUUAUCUUAAGAAGCCCACAAAUUUGUAUGGGCAAGUGCAAAUUAAUGAAGACAAUGUCGUAGCGUAUUACAUCCUGCAAGCUUCGGAACUGGAGUUUCGGGACAGGGCCAUUAAUCAUGUAUCAAGCAAUAUGCAGUUUUUGGGCUCUAUCCUUAACGAGGACUUUAAUGCCGAUCAAAACCAAUAUCUUAAGUUUAAUAUGAGGCUGUGCUUUACAUACAAUAGCAGUCAAGCGAAUAUAACUUUGGUUUACAUUGGAAUAACACCAGAAUAUCUUAAACAUAUAAAACUUAUUCUUUAUGACAAGCAAAUGAUACGAAAUUUGUUUGUUAAUGGGAAAUCUGCAAAUAACCAACCUGUGGAAUAUAACGAUAGCAUCAAUUGUGAUUUUCUCGAGCUAUCCAGAUUGGCACAACCAGCAGCUGAAACUCAGAAGCCAAAGAACAAGGCCAAACAAAAUGUCGCUUGUGUGUUAAAUAUUAUUGCCGACUCUCCAAUUACAAUAUUCAAAUAUAUUGUUGAAAAUGUAUUCAUUAAUAGCAUAAUGGUUCAUACCACUAUUUAUAAGCACUUUAAGGAAUGGCAGACAGCUUGUGAUAAACGAUCUCGCCCGGCUAACAUUGCACUUGAUAGAAUAUUGGGAAUGGUUUUAAUGGCAAUCCUUUUUUCCCUAGCAACGCGGCCAGGGGAUUUUGUGAUACAAAUAUCCCACUAUAUUAUAGACAAAUUAUUUAGCCUAUUGAAAGUACUGGAGGGAAGUCCCAUUGGUCUAAAGCUGAAUAUACAUUUAAAUAAUUUCUUUCUCGACUGCUUUAAAUAUCAUAUAGAGUUGUGGUCCACAUUUUUGGAUUUUAUCGAACCGUUAGUCCGGCAAGUGUUUUUAGCCAUUGGAGUAUUUGGUUGUUUGGGCCUUACAUUCCAAAUAGCGCUUUUAGUGGAUUUAAUAUCCAUAAUUGGACUACACUCCCAUUGCUUCUAUAUUUAUACAAAAGUGCUCUAUAAUGUCGAAAGAAAAGGUCUGGCGGUUUUAUGGCAAGUUGUGCGAGGCAACCGUUACAAUGUUUUAAAAGGUCGCAUAGAGUCUCAUAAUUAUAUGAAUCGACAAUUAUAUCUUGCAACAAUUUUUUUCUCCGCUAUUUUGUUUUUAUUUCCUACAACCCUUGUAUAUUACAUCGUGUUUGCCGCUUUAAAGGCGCUGACUUUUGCAACUCUUAGCAUAUUUGAGUUUUUUCGAAGAAAACUUUUGUAUCUACCGAUUGAGGGGUGCAUAAAACGGUUAACGAAAGGGUGUUAUGAAAUAGAUUGUCUUCAAAUCAAGGAUGUUUUACCGCAUGAAAAGAUUUUUCUAAUACAUAAACAUCAACAAAUCGACGUGACAGUAUAUAAAAUUCAAACACAAACCGAGCCAAAUCUUUAAUGUAUAAUAAAAAUUUAAAAAAAAAAAACAGUGUAUUUAAUAAAUAUAUAAAAUAAC